AUUGUCUGCAGAAGUGCAAAACCUAUAGAAAUGGCAGUGAAGGAAAAGAUUUCCAUGUUUUGCCAUGUGGAGCCUGAGCAGGUGAUAUUUAUCCAUGACGUUUCUUCCACUUAUCGAGUGCCAAUCCUGUUGGAGGAGCAAGGCAUCAUUAAGUAUUUUAAACAGAGGUUAAAUUUACCUAUUGAUGACCAGCCAAGUGAUCUUCUAAUGAAAUGGAAGAAAAUGGCUGACAGAUACGAAAGGUUGCUGAAGGUGUGUUCCAUAGCUCUCGUUGGCAAGUACACAAAACUAAGUGAUUGCUAUGCAUCUGUUUUCAAGGCUCUGGAACACUCUGCGCUGGCAAUUAAUCACAAACUGGAUUUAAUGUACAUAGAUUCAACAGAACUUGAACGUUCUACGGAAGCAGAGAACUCAGUGAAAUAUCACCAGGCAUGGCACAAACUGUGCAAAGCAGAUGGCAUUCUGGUCCCAGGAGGGUUUGGAAUUAGGGGAACGGAAGGCAAACUCCAAGCUAUCUCGUGGGCAAGAACAAAGAAAAAACCUUUUCUUGGAGUUUGCCUGGGAAUGCAAUUAGCAGUUGUGGAAUUUGCAAGAAACUGUUUGAAUUGGAAAGAUGCAAAUUCUACAGAAUUUGACCCAGACACAAAAAAACCUGUUGGAUAA